ACAUUCCCGGCCGAGGAGUGGGCGGCAAAAAGGGGCGGCGCGGCGCGGCGGUGUGCGCCUGCGUGGUGGCCGCUGGGAGCGUGAGUGGCACCUAUAAAAGGGUGCCGCUCGUCAGGGUGUACAUCAGUGUUAACCCAACCACACAAUCAUCAUGAAGUUUUUGGUACUCCUCGGCCUUGUGGCGGUAUGCUGCGCCAGGCCCCAAGUUGUCGUCCUCCUGGGAGGAGAAGGAACACAAGGCUCCUCAAGCCUCACUCCAGAUGAGCUAAGGAACCUCCAACAGUCCCUCGUGCCCCUCCUCAACCUCCAUAAUGGUAGGUCCGCUGCCCCUGCCGAAGCCCCCGUCGAGGCUCCUGUCGAGGCCCCUGUCGAAGCUCCUGUUGAGGCCCCUGUCGAAACUCCAGUUGAGGCUCCUCUCGAAGCUGUCGCCGAAGUUGCCGUCGAAGCCCCUGUUGAGGAAGCCCCUGUAGAGGAAGCCGCCCCUGCUGUCGCCCCCGCUGUCGACCCCGCCGCUAACGUGGUAGACUCCCAGUUCGCUUCCUUCAUCUUCCCUAGUGACGCCCCCGAGGUGGUGCUUGCCAAGAAGGCCCACUUCGCUGCUGUGGCCUCCGCCCUCGGCCGCAAGCCACCCGUUGUCGAGACUGCACCCGCCGCACCUGCUGAGGCUGAGGUUAGAGCUGCCGAGGUCGAGGCUGCUGAGGCUGAGGCUGCUGAACUGGAAGCUGCUGAGGCUGAGGCUGCUGCUGCUGAGGCUGCUGAACUCGAAGCCGCUGAGGCUGCUGAGGCCGAGGCUGCCGCUGCUGAAGCUGCUGAACUGGAAGCCGCUGAGGCUGCUGAGGCUGCUGAACUGGAAGCCGCUGAGGCUGCUGAGGCAGAGGCCGCUGCUGCUGAGGCUGCUGAACUAGAGGCCGCCGAGGCUGCUGAGGCAGAGGCUGCUGAACUGGAAGCUGCUGAAGCUGCUGAAGCUGCUGAAGCCGAGGCUGCUGUUGCUGAGGCUGAAGCUGCUGAGGCUGCCGAACUGGAAGCUGCUGAGGCUGCCGAACUGGAAGCUGCUGAGGCUGAGGCUGCUGAAUUGGAAGCUGCUGAAGCUGCUGAAGCUGAAGCUGCUGAGGUUGAGGCUGCUGAGGCUGAGGCUGGUGCUGCUGAAGCUGAGGCUGCUGAGGCUGAGAUGGCGGCGUAAGGAGGAGCCAGAGUGUAGAUAUUCUGUAGAUAUGCUGUAUGGCUGUGCAGGUACGAAUGCGUAUAUAUGUAUGCCUGUGGUGUAAAUGUUGAAGUAAUAAACUAUGAGUACAUGAAGAA